GAAGUAGUGAAAAUGCAAAGGGGGAGGGAAAAGAACGAUGCAGAUUAUGUCAGGAAGCACGAUCGAUCAAGUUUCAAGGGGAGCAUCGAAUAUCGAUCCCGCGAAUCGUUGUGCACGCACCCUUAUCCCCGAAUCGGGACCCCUUAAGAGAUAGAGAUCUUGCUCGUGGUCCCGCAGCAAGAAAACGGGCUGCUGUAGACUGCAGACCUUUUCUCAUUGAGUCAGUCAGUCAGUCAGUCAGUCAGUUUGCCGCAGCGACGCGGCCCGUACGUACGAGCGUGUGUAUACGCGUCUUGUUGACUUAACGCAUCGCGUGAUCGCGUACGGCUGCAUUAUCGACUGAGCAGAAAGCAGAAAGCUGCGGUGGGAUAUCGGCGAAAUUGGUCGUCGGUCAACCGGUCGUUGGUCGUUCUCCCGAUCCCCGGGACUUGAUCCCCACUGAAGCUUCGCACACUGAAGGUUCUCACACUGGGUUGUGUCAGCUCGUUAGAUUGCGUGCGUGAGAACGUGCCCGUUCGUCUCGAGUCUCGCCGUGAAAUCCCGUAUUUCACGCGUCGAAUCGUGGCGUGUUCCGUCAGCCAGCAGACAUCGAAACACGCGAGUGGCACGCACACUAACGAAUAUACCGAGCAGAGGACUGAGUAAAGAUAGAGAGAGAUAGAGAAAGAAAGAGAAAAAGAGACACGGCAGAUAAGAGAUAGAAAGGGAGAAAUAGAUUUACAACAGCCACAAGGGGGGCUAGUCAUAAACCGUGCAACACCUGGCGGCACGUCGUUAAUUAUGCAGUGGGCCGCAGCCGCCCUGACCUCGGCGGCGAUCGCUCUGCUCCUGGACACGGCGGCCGCGAGACAUCACCAUCGGUCCGGCAAUGGGCACAAACCGACCGGUGACAUCUCCCUAUGGAUCGACCAGCAACAGAUCAAAAUGUUCAGCGGGGUUGAAAUGGAGAUAUUUGCAAUUACUGAAGGUAGGGUGUUGCCCUAUCUAUUGGACCCGGAAUUCGAAAGCAAACUACCGAUUAUUCCGAGCGAAGUAACGUACGUGAAUUUUACAUGGAAGUCCGGUGUAAAGAAGUAUUACUAUAAUUUUUAUCGAUUAAAAUCGUUCGACGAGACGAUUUUGAAAACACCAUAUAUUACGAUUAAAACGCAAGGAAGAGUACCCAAGAGACCCAAGGAAUUCAGCGUCCUAUUACCAUGCUCCGGUAAUAAUUCGGGCAUCGCGCAAUUGGGCAUCGGUCUGAUGAUUGAAACACGUAAGGGGAAACCUUUAAACGGAACACCCCUUCGUCUUAAUCUGAGAAAAGAAUGCACCGUGCGCGGUGAGUGCGUCAAUCGCGCCCACGAUCAUCAUCUCUCCAUUCAUACACACAAACCUAAUCCUGGACCUUGUCCGGAUGGAUAUUUAGGUCCACCUCAUUGUAAAAAGGCAUUGUGUUAUCCAAAUUGUAUGAACGGUGGCAACUGUACAGCUCCUGGUGUUUGUUCGUGUCCACCAGGUUUUCAAGGACCAUAUUGCGAAGGAGGUAUAUGCGCGGAGAAGUGUUUAAACGGUGGAAAGUGUGUGCAGAAAGAUACUUGCGAAUGUCCAAAAGGAUAUUUUGGAUUACGUUGUGAAUUUUCAAAAUGUGUAAUUCCCUGUUUAAAUGGAGGGAAAUGCAAAGGGAACAAUGUAUGCAGAUGUCCCACUGGUUUCAAGGGUGAUCAUUGUGAAAUUGGCAGAAGAUCUCCACAACGUUCAGCCUGCACAAGAGCAUGUAGAAAUGGAACUUGCCAGCCUGAUAAUACAUGCCUCUGUGAGCCUGGCUGGUUCGGAAAGUUGUGCAAUAAAAACAAGCCAUGGGCUUGAACAUAGAAAUGUAUUUUCCACCAGUGGUAUCGCAUUCAUAGCCAAUUGGAUCAAUGCAACAAGAUUUUUAUUUAACAUGAAAUUACGAAAUGUCUUGAAGCCUUGAAUUCUAUUUGUUCAUUCAGGAGUUUGAGACAUUUUUCACUUUGAACCUCGCAUUUAGUUUAAUGAUUUUUAUAGUUAGUAUGAUAUUGAAUACUCAAAGUAUCGGAAAUUAAUAAUUUUACAAAGUAUUAUAUACUCGUUGAUUUAACAACAGCAUUUUACAAUCCAAUUGGUUAAUACCACUAAACUAACAUGUAUAGUUAGUAAUUUACCCCACCCCAGAUGUGAUAUGUAAAGCUGCUUUACUACAUAUUUUAUACUAUUAAAUAUUAUUUUUUAAAUAAUAUUGUUAGAUAUUGUAAUGAUUGUAAAAAAAAAAAUAAAAUAUAUUUUUUUCUCUUGUAA